UGUGGCCACAUUGUAACAUGUUUGAUUAUCACAGUUGAGGUCUACACUGUAGUAUGUUUAAAUGCUUCUGCAGAGUCAGUGUCAGGUCAGAUUCCUCCUUGCAGUCCAUACCUUCUGAUUACCAGCCUCCAAGCUCAACUGCAGAUUUCUCUGGAAAAAAACUCCUGGCUUCAAAAACGCAUCGAAGAUCUGGAGGAGGAGAGGGACUUCCUGCGCUGCCAACUUGACAGAUUUAUUUUCACCACCAAGAGUCAGGAGAGCAAUGGCACGACGGGAAAGGAAACUCUAUCAGAGGCUGAGCCGCAACCCACCACUCUGAAGCCACCCACCCAGAAGACAGCUAUUCCUUCCCCAUCAUCCAUGAUGACACGCUCUGGAAAAAUCGCACAACACAACAAGAAGCACAGCAGAAAUAACAGCUAUCAAGAAGAUGAGGAGGUGACUGAGGAGGAAGAGUAUAUAGCAGAGGAAGACUUUGUGGAAGAGGAGCAGGUUGUUACAGAUGAUGAUGGGGAUGAUUCAGAUAGUAAAAGCUCACGUAAGAGCCGUUCAGGAAGGCAGAAUGGCCAGAGAGGUGUGAAAAGACGACGUGUUUUCUGUAUUGCACGAAGCAUGGAAAGACAAAGAGUUAAAGACCCUGCAGGUGUUCUUCUUCGUUACAAUAAGAUCCUUGUCACCUAUCAAAAGUUGAAGAGCAUGUCAAGAGCAUUCCAGGUCCAUGGGGUUGACCGAAACACAAUCGCCUCCACCACUCCUAUUGCUGAAAUGCUUUUGGCUGCUCCUGAGAAGGUAUCUGAAGUUGGUGAGUUUGAUUCCUCCAAGGAAAAGCUUCUGGAUUAUGCAAGACGCUGCUAUAAAGCUCUUGGCGAGAACACUCAUGCUAAGGUUCAGGCCUUGAAGAAGAGCAACUUCUUGCUGCCCAUUUCAUACAGGUUCAGACACUAAAUUUCCAUAAAUGUAUUCUUUUUUUUGGGGGGGGGAGCCAGCGCUAUUGACAUAAUGGUUUGGAUACUAUGGAGUCCAUUCGUUGACCUUUUAUUGGCUUUUUUUUCCUUCUCUUCUUCUACCUCAAUUCUAGAUCUACACAUCUGGAGUUAAAAACUGUUUAAAUCCCAACUCUGUGCCAACUCUGUUAAUAAAGAAAAUUCUUCAAAAUGUGUAGAUUCCAAGAAUGGCUUGUUUGACCAAACGUAAAGGGAGAAGAAUAUUUGUGAAAUAAAUAGUCAACCACUGUAUGUAAAGGGUUACCUUUUCUUAUUUUGUAGAUAUGCUUAAGUUACAUAUACUGUAAAGUUUGGAAACUCUGUCCUUCAAUGAAAGCGACUUUGUCUUGUUUGAGUUCAUAAUUUGGUGAUCACGCAAGGUACUACUUUUCUACUUACUGUGUUUACAUUAUUGAAAUCUCUAGGUUUGAAGUGUACUGCUGUCUCAGUAAAUGACUUAUUCUGACAAAUCAUUUCAGACUCCACAAAAGAAGCCUUUGUUUAAAAAAUACAAACCCAUCAUUAUUUGUUGUAAUGUGGGACUAUUUAAGCACUUUGUUGUU